AUGGUUAUUCUGGAACGGGCUUUAGCUUUGAAACAAAAGUAUGGCUUAAAGCGUUGUAUUGAUGGAUUUGAAGAAGAUCUUGGUGUAACUCUUUAUCCGAGUGUUUAUCGUCGCGAUCGUAUUGAAGAUCUUUUUAAUGUCCAACUAUUGGUUAAUCGGUUGAUCUUAGGUAUAGCUAGAGAUGAGAAGAUGUUGAAUGAGUUAGGUACGGGUGAGUUAGUAGUGGAGGGAGAGAAAGUAGCGAUAGAUAUUGAGUCUGAUCUUAUCUAUGGAAUUUUAGAAAGAAUCAGGCGAGAAAGAGUGCCAGUUAGGAAGAUAGAAGGUCUAUUGGUUCGCUCUGAUUAUAUUGAGAGUAUUGAAGGUAGUUUUAAACAGGUAGAAGUUAAUACGGUAUCUUGUGCCUUUGUAGUGGCAGGUCAGUCGGUUAAUAAAAUGCAUGAAGAACUCAUGGGAGAUGAUGAAUGGCAGAAGAGUUUUGAACGAGCAGUUGGUGAACUAGAUGGUAGAGAAGUUUUGGUUUCAGAAGGACCGGAAAGAUUGCAAGAAUUUAUUAGAUUGAUAGAUAAGGAGUAUAAGCAAAUGUAUGGUUGUCGAGGAGUAUUUAUACUCUUAGAUAAUGAUAGUUCAGUCCGUAGUAAGAACUACCUGGAAAAGCAGCAGAUUUUGGAACUAGUUGGGGCUUUAGGUAUGAAGGCUUACUUUGUAGCAGUAGAUGAUAUGCUGAGUAGAUAUGAAGUAGUUGGUGAUCGGUUGUUUUAUAAUGGCGAAGAAGUAAGUGUUGUUUAUUUCCGGUGGUUAUACAAUGCUGAUCAGUAUACGGAAGAGAUAAUUAAGAUGAGGAUAGCAAUUGAAAGUACAGUGGCUGUACCUGUGCCUAGUGUAAAUGUACAGAUAGCUGGACUGAAGUUCUUUCAACGGUUGUUUGCUAAACGGGAGUUUUUGAGUAGGUAUACGGAAGACUUCUCAGUGGAAAGGUUCUUUGUGUCCUUUAUGACUGUAGCUGAGUAUCGUAAGCACAAUCCUAAGAAGCCUUAUGUUCUGAAGCCUUUGAGUGAAGGGGGAGGUCAUAAUUACUUUAAGGGUGAUGUACUGGAGAAGGUUAAGAGUUUAACGGGGAAGGAAGAGGAGGCUUAUAUUCUAAUGGAGGAGAUAGAGGGAACGCAAAGAAAGAAUCGGGCUUUGAUGAAGCCAAUCGGGAAUAUGAUUGGAGAAGUAGGUGUAUUUGGGUAUACAGUAGCUACACCUACGGCUGAAGCUUCUUCUGUAGCUGGGUACAUUCUCAGGACUAGAUACCAUUAUGAUAAUGAAGUAGGCGUUUCGGCUGGAUUUGGGUCUUUAGAUAGUAUCAUGUGGUAA